AUGUCCUCAUCGGUUGUAAACAUUACUAGCACUAAUUUAGAUGCUAUUAGUGCUCUCAAAUACAGUCAAAAUUUGUUUAUUCAAGUUUGGUGUUUUACAAUGUUUUCCUUUGGUACUGUUGGCCAUAUAUUAAGCAUUUAUGUGUUUACACGUCGCUCUCUUUAUUCAAAUCCAUGUGCAAAGUAUUUUUUGGCGUCAGCAAUAGCUGGUCUGAUUGUUGUCUAUACUCUUGUACCUCUGCGUCUUCUUCAAUAUGUAUAUAAGAUUGAUGCUUUUGCGAGUUCCGAUGCAAUGUGCAGAAUUCUAUCGUGGACUCUACCAUCAUGGUUUAUUGUGCUUGCUUGUGCCGAUCGGGUUUUAUGCAGUUCAUCGUCUGCUACCAUUCGCGCGUGGAGUAAUAUUCGCGUUGUUACACGUGCUACUCCACUGACGAUUUUGAUUGUUGGUCUCGCAUACGUACAUAUUCCUUUCUAUAGUCGACUGAACACAGCAUCAUCAUGUGUCGGGACUUCAGGAACAUACGCAACAUUUGUUGGCAUUUUUAAUUCAUUCAUAUUCAGUAUGGGUCCACCUGUCUCUGAUGGUCCUGAGAUUUAUCUAUAUGCAGCAUCGAUGUUUGUUCCAUUAGGAACACCAAUUAGUUAG